ACCACACUCCCCUUCACUCGCUGCUUCAAAACCUCCCAAAGAAGCCACCCCAGCCUUCCGAGAAAAGCCAAGAACCCCUCCCUCCCCUCCACCAGAGAACCACCAUGGACAAGAUUGUCAGCAGCAGGAGGACGAGCAACGGGAGAACCCGUCCCAUGGCGGGCCUGCGCGCCACCGCCAUCACCAUGCUCAUGCUGGCCACCAUCCUCCUCUGCUCCGUGCCCACCAUAGCACUCACCCCGGACGGCGAGGCCCUGCUCGAGCUCAAGCUGGCCUUCAACACCACCGCCCAGCGCCUCACCAGCUGGAGGCCCUCCGACCCCAACCCCUGCGCCUGGGAGGGCAUCUCCUGCUCCCUCCCCGACCUCAGGGUACAAUCCAUAAAUCUCCCAUACAUGCAGCUCGGGGGCAUCAUUUCACCCAGCAUCGGGAGGCUCGACAAGCUGCAGAGACUAGCUCUGCACCAGAACAGCUUGCAUGGUCCAAUCCCUGCCGAGAUCAAGAACUGCACAGAGCUCAGGGCAAUUUACCUGAGAGCUAACUACCUGCAAGGAGGUAUCCCUUCAGAGAUUGGCGGGAUUGUGCACCUCACAAUCUUGGACUUGUCGAGCAACCUGUUGAGGGGCACAAUUCCAGCAUCCAUUGGAAGCCUCACACACCUUCGCUUUCUGAACCUGUCCACUAAUUUCUUCUCAGGAGAGAUCCCUAAUGUGGGUGUCCUCGGAACCUUCAAAAGCAGCUCGUUCGUUGGAAAUCUGGAGCUUUGUGGCUUGCCCAUCCAGAGAGCUUGCCGUGGAACACUCGGCUUUCCUGCUGUGCUGCCGCACUCUGAUCCACUCUCUUCAGCUGGUGUUUCUCCUAUCAACAACAACAAAACAUCACACUUUCUGAAUGGCAUUGUCAUCGGUUCAAUGUCAACCUUGGCUCUUGCCUUGAUCGCCGUGCUCGGAUUCCUAUGGAUUUGCUUGCUGUCCAGGAAGAAGAGCAUUGGCGGGAACUAUGUAAAGAUGGACAAGCAAACUGUUCCUGAUGGUGCAAAGCUUGUGACGUACCAGUGGAACCUUCCAUAUUCAACAAGCGAGAUUAUUAGAAGGUUGGAGCUGCUUGAUGAAGAGGAUGUGGUUGGCUGUGGGGGUUUUGGCACAGUGUACAAAAUGGUGAUGGAUGAUGGCACAUCAUUUGCUGUGAAGAGGAUUGACCUUAGCCGCGAAAGCCGUGACAGGACAUUCGAGAAGGAGCUAGAGAUUUUGGGCAGCAUCAGGCAUAUAAACCUUGUCAACCUGCGAGGCUACUGCCGGCUCCCCACAGCGAAGCUACUCAUAUAUGAUUUUGUGGAGCUGGGCAGCUUGGAUUGCUACCUUCAUGGAGAUGAACAAGAGGACCAGCCAUUGAACUGGAACGCACGUAUGAAGAUCGCCCUAGGCUCGGCUCGAGGUCUGGCGUAUCUGCACCAUGAUUGCUCGCCUGGGAUUGUGCAUCGGGAUAUCAAAGCCAGUAAUAUCCUUCUGGAUAGAAGCUUGGAGCCUCGUGUAUCUGAUUUUGGCCUUGCAAGGCUUCUUGUGGACAAUGGUGCCCAUGUCACCACUGUUGUGGCGGGCACUUUUGGAUACCUAGCACCAGAGUACUUGCAGAAUGGGCACGCUACCGAGAAAUCAGAUGUGUAUAGCUUUGGAGUGCUUUUGCUGGAGCUGGUGACUGGAAAGAGGCCAACCGAUGCAUGCUUCAUCAAGAAGGGACUGAACAUUGUUGGCUGGCUGAACACCCUAACAGGGGAGCACCGGCUGGAGGACAUCAUUGACGAGAGAUGCGGAGACGUGGAGGUGGAAGCCGUGGAAGCCAUUCUGGACAUCGCGGCAAUGUGCACGGACGCCGACCCCGGGCAGCGGCCAUCGAUGAGCGCUGUCCUGAAGAUGCUGGAGGAGGAGAUCCUGUCUCCCUGCAUGAGCGAGUUGUGCUACGAGCAGCACCUGGAGCUCUGAGCUGAGUAGUAGUAUACUGCUACUGCUAGCUAGCUGCUGGGGCAACAUGAUGGAUGAGACUUGAGUGUGCUGGGAAGCACAAGUUUUGUAGAUACAUGAUGAUGAACCGUGUAGGUGUGAUGGUGGACAAGUGCAGAUUCUCGUCUUUUUUUUUUUUUGGUGCUCAGUCAACCCCAAGUGAAAGUGGUUCUUGGCGCAGAACCAAAAACCUAAUGAACAUGUUCCGUUGUACAUAGAGAUGAUGUGUUUUUUUUUCGUUUGCCUUUGUCUUUCUGGUGGUCUUUUUCUGAUCAACGGCUGGGUAAGGUUAGCCUACUCUGAUCGCAAUGCAAAAUUGACAUCUUGUUCAAGCAAGAGGGAGGAAACAAGAGAUGGAGGAAUGUAUAGUUCAAGG